AGAGAGAGAGAGAGAGAGAGAGAGAGAGAGAGAGAGAGAGAGACUCUAUCAGUCCCUCCCCCGCUUCAGGACGUCACUGAAAGGGAGAGGACAGCAUCUUGGCUGACCCAGCUCUUUCUCUAGAUUUCUGAAUUCAGCCAAACAAACAGGAUCGGCCUCUCUCUUUCUCUGUCAGCCAUCCAGCCAUAGACACACAGCCAAGGGAGAGGGAUGUCACAGCUGAAAGAAAACCAGUCCUCCUCCAGCUGCAUGAAAAACAAGCAGUCUGCGUCCAUUAUUCACGCUUACGCACGGUUUUACUUUUACGCGUCGUCCGGAGACAAAUUGGUCCAAUUUUGGGCCUGUUGACUAUUUGUUAUCUGUCAUCUCUCUGUUGGUGGUAAUAAUGCUCCCCAGCCCGCUCAUAACUUCUUCCACCACGCCUUUCUCUGUGAAAGACAUUCUGAAGUUAGAGUUACAGCAACAAUCUCAGCAGCACCAGCUCCAGUUUAUCUCCUGCUUCGGUCUCUCCGGCGCGCUGUCACAGCCGGGAGCUUUCCCAAAUAAACCGUUCCGCUCUCAUUCGCCGCCCUCCUGCAUGUUGGCCGGUAGGGACAGUCCGAGUCCCGUAAGCUCCGGCCUCUCGGAGAGCGAGGAGAGGAUGUCGUACCUCAACACGCUGACUGUACAGGACCGGCUGGCGGAGUCCGGGAUGCCAGGGGAGAUGUUCGGCAACCCGGCGCAGAACCACUCUGCAGACCUCCGGCGGGAGACCGAGCAAGAGGACCAAGAUAGCAAGAGCUGCGGUGCGUUGCGGGGUGAUUCUGAGGAUCCAGACUCGGAGAAGCCUGCCACCAAGCAGCAGAGGAGCAGGAGGAAACCCCGCGUCCUCUUCUCCCAGACUCAGGUGUUUGAGCUGGAGCGGCGCUUCAAGCAUCAGCGCUACCUGUCCGCCCCGGAGAGAGAGCACCUGGCCAGCUCCCUGAAACUCACCUCCACCCAGGUCAAGAUCUGGUUCCAGAACAGGAGGUACAAAUGCAAGAGACAGCGGCAGGACAAGACUCUGGAGAUGGCAGGUCAUCACCAUCACCACCACCCACCGCCGCCCAGGAGGGUGGCUGUGCCUGUGCUGGUACGGGACGGGAGGCCUUGUCUGACUGGAUCCCAGAACUAUAACACUUCUUACACAGUCGGAGCUCCAAACCCGUACAGCUACAAUGGCUAUCCAGCCUACAGCUACAACAACUCGGUGUAUACUAACACGUACUCCUGUACUUAUUCUAGUUUGCCUGCUCUGCCGCCCAGCAACACCACUGCUAAUGCUUUUAUGAACAUGAAUUUGGGAAACCUCGGUGCACAGACGCAAAGCCAGGCGUCCCAAGGACCAGUCGUCACACCCUGCCAGGGAACUCUGCAGGGCAUCAGGGCAUGGUAGCGCAGACUUUACGCACAAUCACAGCUGGGAGAGACUUAUAUGGGAUGGCUGAAUGGACUCAAGCAUGUAAACCUGAUCAACUAAUGCAACGAAAGCACAAUUUGAAACUCUGUAACAGAAAGUGUUGGCCAGUUGGCUGUAACUCUAGGCAGGCCUAUGUGGAAACCCUAACCCGUUGACUGAGAUACAAACCAGUUUGCGCAUUUUUCUCUGAGGCACAAUGUUUAGAAAACGUAUUAAACCUACUGUUGGAUAUUUGAUUGUCGCCGAUUAGCAAAGACUGUGCGUAAUGUGGCAUAUUGUGGUUCAAAAUGGAUGUAAUGAUGUGCGACAAAAAAUAAAGGGAAACACAUUUCUAAGCAUAAGGUAUAGCCCAUAAUGAAUCUGGCCUAAUACAAAUCUGCAAGAAAAUAA